AUGACCGCAAAUAACGUCGUAAUAAUCGGGGCUGGAGUCUCUGGGCUGACCACCGCGUACCUUUUGUCCCAAGACCCCAGAAACUCCAUUACUGUCGCCGCCAAACAUAUGCCCGGAGACUAUGAUAUAGAAUACUGUUCUCCCUGGGCCGGUGCUAAUUACCUCCCAACCGGGCAUCCUGGCAGUAACCAUGCUAAAUGGGAACAAGAGACAUGGCAGCCAUUAAAGGAGCUGACAGAGAAGCAUCCUGAGGCAGGGAUUCAUUUUCAAGAAUCCAUUAUUUAUAAUCGAAAGAAGGACCAGCAAUCCUCCGUCGGCCAAGCGUUUUCAGCCCUAGUCAGUGAUAACCCGUGGUACAAAGAUGUUGUUCCCGAUUUCAAACCCAUCCCAAAAGACCAACUAGCACCUGGAAUGGACAACGCCCAACUCUUCACUUCAGUAUGCAUUAACACCGCCGUGUACCUUCCCUGGCUAGUCGGACAGUGUCGCAAAAACGGCACGGUAUUCAAGCGCGCAGUUUUCAAACACGUAUCAGACGCGGCAAAUGCCCAUCACUCUGGAAGACCCGCCGACGUCGUCGUGAACUGCACCGGCCUAUCAUCCAAGAAGCUAGGUGGCGUCCUCGACGAAAAGCUCCACCCAGGCCGCGGCCAAAUCGUUGUAGUCCGAAACGAUCCUGGCAAGAUGGUCUCAGUCUCGGGAACAGACGACGGCGAGGACGAGCUGAUCUACAUGAUGACCCGUGCCGCCGGCGGUGGAACUAUCCUAGGUGGCUGUUAUCAGAAGCACCAAUGGGACCCAUUGCCCGAUCCCAACCUGGCCGUUCGUAUUAUGAAGCGUGCUAUCUCUAUAUGCCCAGAGCUAGUGUCCAAAGGGCAAGGGAUUGAAGGCCUAGAUAUCAUAAGGCAUGGCGUUGGACUGCGGCCUCUGAGGGAUGGUGGGCCACGUAUUGAGGCGGAGAAGAUUGAUGGUGUUGCAGUUGUGCAUAAUUACGGCCAUGGUGGGUUUGGAUAUCAAGCUUCCUACGGCUGCGCGGCUGAAACCGUGCGGCUAGUGAAGGAGACUUUACAGGACAAAGUCCAGGCGAAGCUAUAA